CUGAGGGAGCUCUAAGCACACACAGCCUCAAUGACAGUUUCAGUCCAGCUUUCUCGCACUUCUGUUUUUUUUCCCGUUUGAUCUUUGAAAUAGUAAUUUUUUAAAAGACUAAAUGUCGUGUUUGAUCUCGGUGCUUUGGAAAUUGCGCGGGGAUGACAGAGGCAGUAAUCUCGCCGCCAUCCCGGAUGCUGCUGCAGAGUGCCAUGAUGAAGUUGGUGUUUGAGGACUGAUGGCUUUCUGAGGAGCUUCUUAUCCAACCACUAAAAGCUUCUUCCUCUGUCAUUUGUCACGUCGUUUUUAUUACCAUUUCAUCAUCGUUCUCUGUCAGCUCUCCAUCUGCGAGUACCCUGCCUACUCCAGCUGAUAGCAAACACACUGGUUUAACCGUGUAAACCUGCUGUUUUCUUUCACUAAAUGCCGCGACGUCUCUCAGUUACUAUGCUUCUUUUCACAAGGCAAACAAAGCGACUCGUCGGAAAGCAGCGCGCUUCACUCAGUGGCAUCUAAUCGAAAAUACACAGAAAGAGCCUUGGGACUCGAGCAAACUUCCAAAAGUACAAAUAAAGGUUAAAACUAAGGACUAAUGGCUGCCAUCGAGACUGUUCCCAGUUACAGCCCUUCGAUAUGGGUGCAGAUGUGCCACGCGGUCCCUCGCUUCGAUCUGACCAUGCAGAUGCGAGACAACAUAUUCACUCCAGACAGCUGGGAAUACCAACAGACUCUGCUGGUUCUCUCCAGUUUUUCAGCCAUCGCUCUCAUCCUGUCGCUUCUUGUCGUCCUCUCCUUCCUUAUUCACUACUGCUGCUGUCACCGCGGUGAUGCAGGCAGGGACGAGGAAGACGACGAUGACGAUGCGAGUGGUGGCCGGAAGGGGCGGCGCAUCUGCUGUGUCACAUGGGUGUCUGUGGCAGCCGUGACACUAUGCUGCGUUGCUAUAGGUUUUGGUUUCUAUGGCAACAGCGAGGCGAACGACGGGAUGUAUCAGUUGACCUCGUCUCUGCUCACUUCCAAUCACACACUGGCUUCCGUCGAUAUGCUGGUUUCGGACACCUUAGCAGCUCUGCGGCAGUCCAUCUCAGGCCCCCUGACCUCGCUGGAGAAUGUCUUUGGAGGGAAUAAACCCGCCCUGGUGUCCACUCGCUCCUGCAGACGUCUCUCUGAGCGCGUGAUGUCGCUUCUCUCCACUCUCACGCUAGGAAAGGGGCUCAGCUCGACUGCCAUUAAUGCAAGUGAUAGCAUGGUGGGGAUUGUGACCACUGUUCUUCCCCAGGCUGUGAUUUCAAACCCUGCCCCUGCACCCUUCUCGCCAGGGUGGGCCGCUAGCAUUCUCAUGGUGAAUGAGGACUACAGGUGGCUCUCCUACGUACUGCUUCUUCUUUUGGAUCUGGUCGUGUGCCUCUUUAUUCUGCUAGGCUUGGCCAAACAGGCCCGAUGGCUCCUCAUUCUGAUGACAGUACUGGCCUGGUUGGCUCUGUUUCUGAGCUGGGGUUCUCUUGGCCUGGAGACAGCCACAGUGGUGGCACUCAGCGAUUUUUGCUUUGACCCAAAUGCAUUUGUUCUCAACUCUACACACUUUAAUGCCGGGACAAGUACAGAAAUCCUGGAUUACUACUUGACCUGCAGCAGAAAAAUGACCAGCCCGUUCCAGCAGCUGCUGACCCAGUCCCAAAGAGCUUUGUCUAGCAUUCACUCCCACCUCUUCACUUUAGAGAGAGAUGCUCUCCCACGCUUCCCCAAAGCAGACAAGCCGCUGAGGGAGGUGCAGCAGAUGCUGAACUCUACCGAGGGAAAUUUCCACCAGCUGGUGGCGCUGCUCAACUGCCGAAGCCUCAACAAGGAUUAUAUUGACUCUCUGAAAGGCCUGUGCUAUGAUGGGAUGGAGGGAUUGCUCUAUCUCUCACUGUACUCGUUCCUCUCAGCUCUGGCUUUCACAGCCAUCCUCUGCUCCCUUCCUGGAGCCUGGAGGAGCUUUUCCAGAGACUCAGACGACUAUGACGACUCGGACAGCGAGAGCGAGGACCCCUUCACUUCCCAUCAGGCACGUAGACAGACGGCCAGGGGGUCCCAGCGUGGGGCCUUGCCCCCCUUCUAUAGUUACCAGGGGGCUGGCUGGACAUCCCCCUUUUCUAGUGCACCUCCGUUGCCGACUCCAAACACUUCCUCCAAUGGCAACCCUGGUUAUGAGAGCCUGCCUCUGAGUGACAGGCAGUCCCCACCCCCCUCUUACAGUACUCUCCCAGCAUGCUGACAGGCUAUACGGGUAGUCAAUCACGCCCCAACCCUGCCCAUUCAAGGAACUUGUACUCGCGCUAAUUUGUAUGUAUAGUGUUUAAAAAAUAAAAAAAAAAGAUAUAUAAAUAUAGGAAUUAUUUAGUUUUAAUAUGGAUGGACACUUUACUGAGAGACUAAUUUGAAAGACAUUGGAAUGCUAGGUGUGUAAAAACACUAUGGAACGUCAGGACCAUUGAGAUUUGGAAGAAAGAACAAGAAGUUAAAAAAAUCCAAGUCGUGUUUACUCGAAACAGCAAAUGGUACUGACGUUACCAGACUGAUGUUACUUUAUUACUCUAUUUUUAAAUGUAUUACUACUUUGUUUGGAAGUUUUUAUAUUGUAUACUAAGUCACAUGAAGAAUAAUGGCACAAUUUUCUGUAUGACCUUACAGCUUAAUGCGCACUUAAUAAAAAUGUGUUGUUGUUUUUUUGGGGUUAUUUUGGAAAUAUUUUACUGUACCUUUUUAUAGAUGGAAAUUGUGUAUUACCUUGUACACCCUAUAAUACUAUAAAAUAUACAAUAUUACUAUAUGAAACAGAUAUACUGUAUACUGUAUAUUUCACUGUACAUGAUGUUUGAGUGUUAAUGCACAUUGAUGCUUAAAGAAUGGAAAUGACAACAAUAAAAAACAAGAGAGCUACGGUUUUUUUAGUCUCUCAGCUGGCUACAGUGUGGAAAUAGGUUUCCAGACAGAAUUGCAGCCAAACAACCUCUGCCACUGACUGCAGUGUAGUAGCCAUAAUGUACACAGCAAUAAUACUGUAAUAACUGAUAAAGCACACAUCUGCAAAUUAGGGUUCAUGUUCUAAAAACGAUAUAUCUGUACUUUACAGCAUAACAAUGAUUUAAAAAAUAUAUUAUUUCUAAGGAGGUUAUUUCCUAAUAAGUGAAUAUAAAGUAUAUUAUAUAUAAAUAUGUAUGUUAUUAAUAACAGAUGUUUAAAUGAUACGUAGUUUGUCUAUCUUAUGUAAUAAUAAUAAUAAUAUUACCAUAGAAAUUAUUCUGUAGUGCAAAUGCACAAAUCUGUGCAAAUGUGCCUAUUUUUACAUUUAUGUUUUUGCAACUUUUUAUUUAGAAAUACUAUGCAGAUCGAGAACUGAAAAAUGUAAUGAUCUGCAAUAUUAUUAUUAUUUUUUUUUUAUAUAUAUAUUGUCAGUCCAAAACAAACAACGUAACCCUCAAGGUUUUGUAACAUCAGAAGUUAUAGUGGAAAUUUGUAAUCACAAAGAUUUGUGAUGGAUAAACGUGCCGACUGAUUCAAGUGUAUCCACCCUAAUUUGCAGGAUUGUUCUCUCACUUGAAACAAGUAAGAAACAAACACUGUGUGUUAUGUUUGUGUGUGAGUGAUUCAGGGUCCUCAUGAGAUGUUCUGUGUGUAUGUAUGUAUACACAUAUAAAUAUACUCAAUUUGCCAUUGCAUUAAUCCUGCCAUUUCCUAUCCUACACUUAUUAAUCCAGUAGCCCUGUGUUUCUAUGGUUUUAAUGCUCCUUUGAAUGGCCUACUUUUUCACUACUGAGACUAAAUAUAAAUAAAAUAAAUCUACUGAAAAUA